GCUAUGAAUCCUGAAAGCCCGAAUUAAGCGAGGAAUAAAGCGUAGCUUCGAGUAGAUAACCGCGAAGGUCGUUUUAGGGAAAGUAAGGUGCGUUUAGUUUGAAGGGAGGAAAGCUUGUUGCUGGUGGAGCGGGUGAGGAGGAGCGCUACAGCGGGCGGCUCAUGAUCUCAGAGCAGCGCGGAGUGAUACAGCAGAACACCGAGCAGGUCCAGUCCGGAUCAUUCCUGCAAAACCACAGAACAACUACCGAUACCAACAAGCACUCGGACAACAUGGUGACCACAAAGGGGACUGGCCUAAAUCCUAAUGCCAAAGUGUGGCAGGAAGUCUCAGCUCCUCCUUCGCAAAAUUCUGAGGAGUCCACAGAGAGUCUUGAUUGGCCCCAGGCAGUCCACACACCUGUUGAACACCCAGAAGGCUGUAAAGGAUUUGGUCUUGGCUAUGCUGACUCUGAGUGUGCCGCUCCUGUAGAGAGUACUCUGCUGAAUGGUGCUACCCCUGCUGAGCUCGCUUACCCUGUUUAUGAAUCAGCAGAGGGUGAGGUGACAGAGGAGCUGCAGCCAAUGUCUGAUGAAGGUCUGAAGGAGUCACUGAAGAAGGAGCUGGAGUUCUGCUUUUCCAGGGAGAACCUCUCGAAAGACCUGUACCUUGUGUCUCAGAUGGACAGUGAUCAGUUUGUGUCCAUCUGGACUAUCGCAAAUAUGGAGGGCAUUAAGCGACUAACUACUGAUAUGGACCUGCUGCUGGAGGUGCUGCGAGCUUCUCCUGUGGUCCAAGUGGAUGAAAAGGGGGAGAAGGUUCGACCUAAUAAUAAGCGCUGCAUCAUUAUCCUUCGAGAAGUACCAGAGACUACACCUGUAGAGGAAGUGGAGGCUCUCUUUAAAAGUGAGAAGUGUCCCCAGGUCAUCAGUGUUGAGUUUGCUCACAAUAACAACUGGUACAUCACCUUCCAGUCUGAUACUGAUGCCCAGCAGGCCUACAAGUAUUUGCGUGAGGAAGUGAAAACCUUUCAGGGAAAGCCGAUAAUGGCUCGCAUCAAAGCCAUUAACACAUUUUUUGCUAAGAAUGGAUAUGGUGCGGUGGAGUCCAUGUACACAGGCAGCCCUCAGUCUCAGUACUCGUCUCCAGUGUAUCUGCAGCAGGUGUAUCAGCCUCAGCAAUAUCCUGUCUACGGCCUGCUCCCGCAGACAUGGAGUCCUUCACCUACACCCUACUUUGAAACCCCACUGGCUCCAUUCCCCAAUUCCCAAUAUGUCAAUGGCUUUGGCACAGCUGGAAACUACAAGACUGGAUCGUCUCCUGUUGGCCUGACACGUCACUUCCCCCGCAACCGGAAUCAUGUAAAACUACUGCCCCGUUCUGAUGGUCCUUCCCAGUCUGAUGGUUUUACAGGUUUGAGCAGUUUGCAGACCCCACAAACACCUACUUCAGAUGGCGUCAGCUCUUUUGACCCUCCACUGUCUCCCAAUGAGAGCAUCUAUGCUGACCUAGCCGGCAACACCCGAGCAAGAAGAGGAAGCUACCGCGGAAUGAGGCGUAGGAGAGAGGACGACAGAAUGAGGCCACUUCAAAUGACUGAGAUCAAAACCCCUCCUGUUAACUUUGACCUUGCAACUUCUAACUUUCCGCCUCUGCCUGGAGGAGUAGCUGGAGUGGUGACGGGUGGUGCCAUUACAUCAGCUGAAUCAGUUCUGGAGAACCGCAUGGCUGAUGUAGUGAAGGGCAUUAACAGAGACAAGCAACUGGACAUUGUUAAACGAGAGGGUAAUAAGGAUUCCCAGCCUGCUCAGGAGGAAGUGCCCUCUUCUGUUCUUACCUCAUCACCACUAAAACCCACAGCUGAACCACAGCAGACGCCUGCCCUCAGUGUUUCAAAUCACGCCACAAAACCAGAUGAUUCGCCUACCUCGAAAGACACCAUCCUCAGUCCUGCUGCAGUCCCCAGCACUCCGGUUCAGUCUGCUCCUGCCUCGCCUAUUCCUCUUUCCAAACCUGCCCAAUCUCCGAUGUUAAGCACAUCAGCACAGGAGUCUCGAAAGCUGAGCUACGCAGAAGUGUGUCAGAAGCCCCGCAAAGACCCACCGCCUACACCUGUACCCUGUCCGGACGCCACCCCUUCACCCACCAGCAACCAACCACUGCGUGAGCUUCGUGUCAACAAAGCUGAAGCCCCAGCUCCUACGACUACCCCCAGCGAGAAGACUGAAAAAGGUGGCGAAGGCAGGCCUCCUCGUGAACACACUGGCUACCGACGGGGCAAUGCAGGCAGGGGUGCGGGGUUCAAGCUCCGAGAGCAGCAGAGAUGGCCCCCUCAAGGCAGACGCUCCUCCCCCCAGUCAGGGUGGAACAGACGCAGCGGAAAAGAACAAAACAUCCCGCCCAGAUUGCCAAAGUGACGGUUAUCAGACUCUCCGAUUUCCAUAUCUACAAAAUAUAUAUAAAUAUAUAUAAUGUAAAGAGAGUAUAUAAAGUUAUAUAGAAAUCUUCAUAUUGAACUGCACGAAGUGUUGCACUAUGUUGUUGACGGACAGAUGGCUCUGACCGGCGAGCCGUUUCUGUAAAGAAACAAAAUUAAACUUUGAACAGAGGGGACCCUCAGGACUCCUUAAACUUGCCCUGGCACAUCUGGUGACUGCAAAGCUCAGUGUGUGGGAAUGAGCUAAUGUUGUGUUUGCUCCCGGGCAAAAUUUUAAAAGCUGUUAUUACUGAAUGAAUGCUAUAGAGGAACGAAAGUUUGCUGACGAGCAAGCAUAGCUUCUUUAUAUGCAACAAGAAGGCGCUGGCCGAUCUGACACUGUUGCUUCCCUCUUGUGUUUAAGACUGAAAAGCUUAAAAAAAAAACAAAAAAAAACACAGUUAACACAACUGAUGUAUUAUUAACUUGUGCAGAAGCUGAUCUGGUGAAUUUGUCUGGGUUUUAGGAAAGAACUAUAAACCGCCUCAAAUUGGUCAGCACUUGAGUCCAAGUUGUGUACUUUGUAGGGUCUUCUCUGAGACUCAGGCCUAGUCCACCUGAUGUUUUUGAGAACAUCUUUUUUUUCCCCUCCCCCUUUCCCAGUCUAGUCAUUUCUAAUUCUCCAGUUGUAACUUCCUCAGCUGCUGCACAUUGCCCACCCUGAACAGUUGCAGCAGCAAUAAAGACACAGCCAGUCAAGUCUGUAUAUGUGCCCGUCCAGUCAAUAGCACAGCUGUUUGAACUCUGAUCCUAGCAGUGCUGGGUUUUUACACAUAUACUGUAUGUGUUGUGCUGGUAAAAGGAAAAUCUGCAACCAGGCUUCACUCAUUUGUGUGUGGUGGGAGAGAACAUUUAUCUUGUGGAUUUUGUUGGAUGUAUUUUUCAUCAAGCACUUGGAACAAAGUGAAGUGGUAUUUAUUAGUAAACACUUUCUAUGGACACUUACAAUAAUUCAAACGCAGCAUUGGACCUGAACCAAGACCACCAUUUGAACUGUUAUAAACAGUAGUCAAACCAACUGGUGUAACUAGUUAGUGGUAUUGCUAACAAUCCUAGUUUUAGUCAAAUCAAAUUCUUAGUAGCUUGAAUCUGGCUACAGAGUGCAGUACAUGGCAUGUAGAAUGCAUUUGAUGUCAUAGCCAUUAUAAACUUGUAGCUGUUAAUGUUUGGACACCUUUGCAAUAGUUUUAACCAUGUAGCAGAGGAUGGGAAAUAAUUUGGGAUUAAACCCACUUUAAAAACCAAUGAAAGUGUUUGGAAAGGAUGAAUGCACGCCCAUCAGUCAUUUUCCAUAGUUUGUUGUUUGUAUGGAAAACUUUUGGUUGUUGGUUAUGCUAUUGUAACCAGAACACAGACAGCUUUUCAAAUGAUCCACUUCAGUGUGGACUAGGCCUGAACCGGAAGCACUUUUUAGUUUCGCCUGUAAUUGUAAUCAGCGACUCAUGUGUUCAGAAGUUGCAGUGAAGUGACGGAAGGUCUUCCCUGUUUGUGGUCAAGUUCCAGUUGUAUCAUAGAUAUCUUAAGGAAUGUCUUGCUGUAUUGAUUUUCAGGAUGUGAUUAAUCUGCUGUAAGUCGUUUAUGUACUCUGCUGUCCAAUAUUGACUGGAUUGAUGUGUGGUCGAUGCCUGCUUUUAUGUCAGUGUACCUGUCCAGUCUGUGAUCGAGCCAGUCACUUCAUGUGUUCAUUUUUAUGCCUAUAAAUGUGUAUAAAACGAUGUUUGUAUGUUUUAGGAAAUCGAUUACCUGUGUAAUGUCGUAGCGCAUCGGUGUGAUUAUGAUAAGCUUUUUUUCUGGGCCAGUCUCAUGGUUUAAGUAGUGGAUAAGGAGCUCAGGAUUGAAGAGGAAUCAUUAGCGUUUCUGUGAAUUCAUGAAACGUUUUGUACGUUUGAGGAAUUAAAUUUAUUGUAGGUUUUUGUUUUGAAAUCAUAUGUGGUUUCUAAAUUCUGACAAUGUAUUUUCAGCAGUAUGUAGUGUUGCUCUAUUUCCAAGCAGCUUAAACCAGUCGAGAUGUAUCAUUUAAAAAAAAAAAAAAAAAAAACUUUUGUUGUAUUCAUGUAUGUGUGAAAAUGAUGGGCGCACAAACCCAGACCAAAGUUGAAUCAGCAGAGCGACAAUCUCAGGAAGUGCUGUUUAAACACAGUAAUUCCCCAUCCCCCUGCCUUCUAACCCUCAGCCCUCACUCAAACCGUCAAUAAGUGCUUAAUGUUCCUCUUCUGUUUGCUAGAUGAUUAAGCUGAAUCAUGAACUGUGUAUUUGUGUGGUUUUGAAUGUUACUAAAAAUGUAACCUUCUAAAGGUUAUUUAAUUGUGUCCUAACAAUUAGAUUUUUCUUCUUUUGAAGUUAAGCAUUGAAUGGAAUGCUCUGCAGUUUUGAUAUGCUUUGUAUUUAUUUACUUUUUUUUUUUUAUUUGCUUUGAGUAUUCUCAUUAGGUCCUUAAUCCUCGAGUGUGAAUCAGAGGCAUAGUUCAUAGCCUUAGAACAUGUCACAGAGUAAUAAUAAAAGGGCCUGUUUUUAAUUUUAUGAUUUAUUUUUAUUUACAAAUUGUGGUAUUGUUUAAUUAAAUGCACUAAUUGAUGACCCAUUUGGUCUAUGGUAAGAUUUUUUUAAAAGGCCCUGAAUAGUUUUUUUUUUUUUCUUUCUUAGUAGCAGGAUUGCUAGGAUUAGUUUUUUGUUUCCUUAUUUCUUUGUACUGUAUUCCACAACCAGGCUUUAGGUUUUGUUAGAGUGGGAUACAUAUUCAGUGACUGGCAAAAAUAAAGUUUUGGACACGCCAUUGUAGAUGUGUUAAGAGAGAAUUGUUAACAAAAUGUAUGGGGUGAAAAGAAAAUAAAUUAUAUAAAAGGA